UGGUAUUAAGGGCAUAACAAGCUCCAUCGAGCUCUAUCCCUCCCUCCCUGCUCCAACUCCAAUGAGUUGUGUGCACCCCAUGGCUGCUACACCAUCGUCCUCUCCAGACAUCCAACAAAACCCACCACCCGUCCUAUCCUCCAUUACUCCAUUCUCUCCCUCCAUCAACCAGGCCCAUCACUACACCUCCUUGAAGCUCACCUCCAUGAACUUGCUCUUAUGGCAUACUAGCUUGAGCCAUUUCUUGAUGGCUAGAAUCACCUAGGCUACAUCGAUGGCACUCUCACUUGCCCCACCGAUCCAACUGCAGCUUUGGUGUGGCAAAAACAGGACUCCAUGAUUCGGAUUCUCCUUAUUGCAUCUUUAUCUGAGGAAGUUUUUCCUUUGAUUGUUGGGAAAAAAAAAAACAAGCCAUGAUAUUUGGGACGCCUUGGCCAAUGCGUUCUCUUCUGCAUCAACAUCUUGUAUCAUGUCCUUAAAGAUGGCCCACCAAGAAUUAACUCCAAAGCCCGAUGCAACUGUCUCCCAGUUCAUGCAAUGGGGAAAAACCAUCUCUGAUAAACUUAAUGAUGCUAGUAAUCCACUGCCUCCCAAUGACUAUAAUAUGUAUAUUUAUCUUGACCUCAAAUCUGACUUCCGCGACAUUGUCACUUCCCUGCUCACUCGCAAUGAGCCACUCUCCUAUGAGGAUCUUCACUCAUGCUUCUAAGCCAUGAGUUUCUACAUGGCAUUUCUAUGAACAAGUUAGUUAUUGCCGACUCUACUAACUCUAAUGGUGCCCCCACUACAAAUACAGCCCAGCGUAGUUCCACCAAAGAUUCUUCACCGGACCCCGCUACAAGUGGCUGUUCCAACCGUGGCUGUGGUCGUGCUCAUGGCCAGGGCCGUGGUAGGGUGGUGGUUGCGGUCAAUAGGGAUGUUUCUGGUGUUAAAUCUGCAACAGGACCAACCACACGGCUGCUACAUGUUAUUACUGUCCCCAACCGACCAACCACCCACCUGCCCCCUAUACCACCUAUUCCUCGCCCAAUCCCGCCGACUCUCCAUAUCCCCACCUUGCCGCCUAUCACACCUACCCAUCUCCCAACCCUUUUCCCACCAAUAACACUACCUGGUUUCCCAAAAUGGGAGCCACACACCAUGUUACCCCCGACCUCCAUCACCUAUCCUCCUCUGAGGCUUAUACCGGUCAGGAUCAUCUCUAAGUUGGCAAUGGAUCUGAAAAUUAGGCGUACUCUACUCUCAAGGCCAAAUAAAGGGGAUCUCUCCACCCUUCCAAUCUCUUCCUCUCCAUCGCCCUCAGUUAGUCUUGUGGAACUAACCUCUUUUGAUGGUUGGCACCAGCGUCUUGGUCACCCCCAUGAAAGAGUGCUACAUCAAAUAAUAAGUAAUAAUAGUCUUCCAUGUAGUUCUCUUAAAUUAUGUCCUCUUUGUCCUGCCUGUCAGUUGGGCAAGGCUUCUCGUUUAUCUUUGUCAGAGACGCAUACACGUAGUUCUUUUCUUUUAGAUGUUAUUUUUUCAGAUGUAUGGGGACCUUCCUUUUUCUAGUCGGUUGAUGGUCAUUGUUACUUUAUUAUCUUUGUUGAUGAUUGCACAAAAUUUAUUUGGUUUA